AUGUUAAAAAAUAAACCUAUCCUAUGUACUGAAGAGCCUAUUGAGGAAGAUCAAAUAUUUAUAUAGGCUUUUUAGGGAGCUCCAAAUGUUAGUGUAAGUAUUAGUGAAGUAAGUGAAAGUCAGAAUGAUUCAAAAAAAGUAUUUGAAAUCCCUUAAGUUUUGAUUGAACAUCAUACUUAAGAAAAAUAAAGAGAAGAGGAAUUAUUAAAAUAAUAAGAGCCUAAAAAGGGUUUUGCAAAAUUAGUUUAACUAUUUCAUAUGAGAUAAUUUAUCCAUUAAGUACUUGCAAAAAGAAGAUUGAUUUCUAAAAUCACUAAAUACCAUUUGUAAGUGAUUAAUGAUAAAGCAUCUUCUUUAGAUGAUGUUGGUUUUAGAAAAUUUGCAAUAACAAUAAAACCAUUAAUUUAAAGUUUACAAGAAAAUACCUAAGCUCACUUAGGAAAUCAACAGUAAAAAUUCAAAUAAUAAUAAUUUUAGAAGAAGAUCAUUGCUUAUGCAAAGAACGAAAAUAUUUAUUGGAAGUUAAGUUUAAAGAUUUGGUAAACUUAUCCAAUAAAUUCCACUAAUUAAACCAGAUUCUAAAGUUAAAGUAGUUUGGGAUAGUAUUUUAUUUAUUUGCAGAUUUUAUUUACUUUUUACAAUUCCAAUAGAUUUAGCUUGGCCAUCUAUUUAAUUAUUAUUUUAUACAUUAGAAGUACCAACUGUAAUUUGUAUAACUCUUUUGAUAUUGGAUUUUUUUGUUUGUUUAUUCUAAUCAUUUUAUUAAUAAGGACAAUUGGUAACAGAUAGGAUGAGUAUAUUAAAACAUUAAAUAAGUAAAGCAUAUGGCUUUGAAAUAAUAGCAAACAUUCUACUAAUAAUAUUUUAUAAUAUCUCAAAUCAAUAUGAUUAUGGAUUUAAUGUAUUUGAUAAUCCUUAUUACAUAUUUCUAUUUCUCUAAUUUGUUCAAUAUAACAAUAUUGCAUAAUUAAGAUAACAAUUAGAAGAUGCAUUGAAUUUAUCAAGGGAGGCUGCAUCUUUGGUAGAACUUUCAAAAUUAUUUGUUUUAUUAUUUUUUGUUAUACAUGUAUUUGCAUGUUUAUGGUUUUGGGUAGGACUAUAUAGUGAAACAUAUUUGGGUAGUAGUUGGUUAGAAGCUAAAUAGGUAUUAGAUAAAUCUUUUGCUGAUCAAUAUUUAUAUUCAUUUUAUUAUUCAACUGUAACUAUGUUUACAGUAGGAUAUGGUGAUAUUACUCCAUAGACAAAUCCUGAAAUGAUAGUUUCAGUUAUAUUUAUGUCUGUUUGUAGUGUAUAAUUAUCUUAUAGUGUCAGCACUGUGAGUUCUAUUAUUGAAUAGAUAAGUGGAUUUAAAGAAGAGAAAAAAAGAAAGUUUAAUAUAAUCAAUAAUUAUAUGUAAUAAAAAAAUAUUAGUUAUGAAUUAUAAUUUUAAAUAAGAGAAUAUUUAAAUUAUUUUUGGACAAUGAAAAGGAAUGAGGAAUCAAAUGAGGAAAGAGAAAUAAUAGAUGAGUUAUCUAGUAGAUUAAAAUAGAGAUUGAUUUUUGAAGCUAAUUCAAGAAUUCUAUAUAAUAGUCCUUUUUUUAAAGAAAAUUUUUCAUUAAAUUUUAAAAAAGAUUUAGUAAGUAAAAUAACAUCUAUCACUAUUGCUCCAGAGAAUGUUUUAGAUUACACAAAAAAAUCAUAAGAUGAAAAUAGCUUAUCCAUAUUUUUUAUAGAAUAAGGUUAAAUAGAGGUUUUUAUUGAAAAUGAAUAAUUAAGUGAACUAUCUAGAGUAUAUAAGUUAAAAGAGGGAGAAAGUUUUGGAUUUGUAAGUUUUAUUACUGGUAAUCCAAGUGUUGAAAAAUAUAAAACUAUUGGUUUUACUAAAUUAUUAAUAAUAACGAGGAAAGACUUUUUAGAUGUAAUAAAGGAUUACCCUGAAGAUUAUGAAAUAUUCUAUAGUUUUUUUGAAGAUUUGACAUUUAAUUCUGAAAGUGAAUUACUUACUAUGGAAUGUUUUUCUUGUAAAUCAAAAACUCAUAAAGCAAUAUCAUGUCCUCUUCUUCAUUUUAAACCAGAUAGAGAGAAAAUUAUAAAAUCAGCUUAAUUUAGUAAUGAUUAAUAAAGAAGUAAAUAGAAGAAAAGAAAAGAAAAAUGUUAUAUAAAGGCUACAUUAGGUUAGAGUAUAUUAAAUGAUGUAGCCAAACAAGUAUAAUCAGACAAUCAACAAUUAACAUAUAUAUAUGAAGAAUAUGAUGAAGAAAAAUCACCAACUCCAAAAGUUUAAUUUUUUAAUAGUUCAGAUGAAAUAUCAGAUUUUAAAAACAAUCAUGAAGAUGAAAAAAUCUAACUUAUUGAAUUUAAGGAAGAAACUCUAAAACCUCCUAUUCCUUAGAAAAAAUAAUUAUUAAGAAAAAAGUAGACAUUACAGGAUAUAGGGGAUAUUAUGAAAUUUAAUAAUAGAUAGAAGGAAACAAAAGAGAAGUUUAUAUCUAUUGUUAAGAAAGUAAAUCUUAUGAAUGAUUUUGUUGAUAAGAAAAUUGAAGAUUCUUAAGAAAAAAUGCUUGCUUAAUAUAGAGAUCAUUUAAAAAUGAUUUAAUAUCGAAAAAACAAGAUAUAACACAUAAAACAUAUUUAUUAGAAUAAAACAAUUAAUGAAUUAGAAUUUUUUGAACUUAAAUUAAAAAUGUUAUUAUAAACAGAAUUUGAUAUACUUUUGGAUGCAUAAAAAUCUUAUAAAUAUUUUAAACCAAAAGAAAAUCUUUAUUCAGUUUUAAGUAGAACAAAAAUAUCUAUGUUAUCAAGUACAAAUGAGAUGCAAAUUUUAAUGUAAUAAAAAACAAAGUAAUUAAUUAAGUAUUUAUUUUAUCCUUAUUUAUACAUAUAAAAAUAUGUAUGCAAAUAGAGACAUUCAGAUUAUAUAGGUGAAACUAAAAAAAAAUAGUUAUUUAAAAGGAAUAAUAGAAUAUCUCUGGCAUUCAUAAUGCAAUAACAUUCUUCAAUUAAAAAACCUUGA